UCUAAUGUUAGUACUUGAGAUUUGCUGUUUUUCGUAAUUCUGGAUGCGCACCAGACAUCAUUGGAAUGAGGAAGAACCUACAUUGCUGGAGUCUUGGAAAUAUUCCCAUUUUUUUUUCACGAUCAGAAUUAUCUCAUCAGAAUCUUCUCAAACUCAAUCUCACUCUCGCUUCUACUAUAGUAUCAAGUAUCUUCUGAAGAAAAAGAUGAAUCCGUUUUUCUUUUUUCGCACCUUCUUUGCGCAACACGAGCGGCAUUUCGAACGUGGCCUAAAAGACCUCUUACUCCAGAGCGCCGCAUUUCGAAAAUUUGCCGUUACCACGUCUAAAUGGCCUCAAAUGCUCUCAGACUUCGCUAAAGGCUUUUCAGGCUCUUCAUCUUCACCAGUAAGGCACCGGCCGGAUCUCUUCCUAGAGAAGAACAAGGACAAGGUCUGGAACAUGCUGUCACCUGCGCAGAAGCAAGCUGGAAGAAGAUUUGUAUCAAAAGUUGGGGAGAGUGCCGUCAGGCAGACGAUCAGGCGGACAGUGACGGAAGUCCUGAGACAUGCGCAAAAAAAACUCUUUAAAUAAAAUUUAUAUUUCAGAGUUCAGACACAGCACCGCAACUCCAAGUGCCGGUGCGGCAGAAUAAAGGCUCAGCAGAAAGACAAUAGGUUCUUGUUUGUGUACAGACUAUUGAAAUGAGCAGGAAAGAAAAAAAAAUCGAGAACGUCACAUUGGUUGCUUCUUUCUGAGGGCAUCUCGAGCUCGAGGACAAGCUGCAGGCAGAGAAAGACUUAUACAGAUUGUUGAACUUUUGCUCCUUUAAGCGUCUGUGGAGGAGGUGGCACAAACAU